AUGGUGUCUCUGGUACAGAUCCAGACCAACAACCAAUUGGACUUCCCCGUGCCCAACAUGCCCGACUCGCGCAUGUCGCCUGACACACCAACUCCUGUAGUCAAGAAGGAGCUCCCUAAGGAGUUGACCUCCCAUGGCACCACGCCGUCCGGCAAACCUCGGCUCUAUGUGUGCUCCAUCUGCACCAGAGCGUUUGCCCGCUUGGAACACUUGCAUCGCCACGAGCGGUCCCAUACCAAAGAAAAGCCUUUUACCUGUGGCGUGUGUCAGCGGAAGUUCUCCAGGCGAGACUUGCUUUUGCGCCAUGCCCAAAAGCUACAUGCGGGAUGUGCCGAUGCCAUUACUCGCUUGCGCCGUAAACUGUUGAAGAAUACACCGGGCUCACUUAAUGUCAACGAUUCGGAUCUGUAUUCCAAGGACAGCAACAACAACAACAUGUCGCCUUCUGUGAUCAACGGAGCCUCCGGAGGUCCAGGAGUGCCUCACUACAACCAAAAUAAUCCUCAAAUAUUGCCUCCGGGCUUCCCUACCCCAGGCGCCUCUCAUCGAGGCUCACAAGACUCUAUUAAUUUUAACGUGGACUUAUUUAGAGCAAAGGAAAAUUCUCAAAACGGACCCGUCACACCCCAGAAAAUGUCUCGUUCUGCCUCCGUCAAGGACCAGAAUUUGCAACGACAAAUAUUUGAUCGCAGAAAUAGAAACAGAGGUGCAUCUUUUUCGGCGCAAUCAGGGCCUAAUUACGCCACGGCUAUGGUCGAUCUCCACGACUCUUAUCCUGGUGACAAUGUGGAGUUUUCCACCCCACAGCUUAUGGCUUCUACUUCUGUCGAUGAAAGCUCGUGGUUGAAUAAUUUGUCUACUAUUCCCGGUAUGUCCGACUCUAAAUCUGGGAUCAAGCAUGGUUUCUCUCUAGAUAGCGAGAUUCCUCCUCAUAUGGCUGUGAUGGGACCAGGUCUCGGGAACGAUUUCUAUCGCUCUGAUAGCAUCGCUUCUAAUAAUUCAAUUGAUUCCUCAACAGCUCAUGCUCCGUUCUUGAACCAUACGGACAGCAUUAAUAAGCAGACCGGCUCUGCGGAUGAUGCAACACCCACUAAUGGCACACACGAAGAAGAAUACGGUUAUACUCUCUACGAUAUCCCCGAGUCCAUGGUCUCUAAACCAGCUUUCAAUUCUAGAAUCAACAGACCAUUGUCGCCUAUAAAGCAAGAACUCGAAGAUGAAUUGAUGGAUCUUGAUCAUACCAACGGAAUGAAAAAUAUGCAACAAUAUCCUGCAACAAUAACCGAGGGUGUUAAUUUUGACCUCAAUUUUCUCAAUGAUAUGGACGACUUAACUCAAGAUUUUGAUAUGGGUUCCAAAUUCCAGCCCAGUGGAUACUCUUUCUACGGAGACAAUCCUCUGGUAUCAUCUUCUGGUAUCGAGUCAACCUCUCCUCCACCCGCGUUUUUAUCACCCUCUUCGACGUCCUUGCACAGCGGGAAUUUGAACAUUACCUCAAAGCAGGCCAACUUUAUGGUUAAUCAAGGUCUUCCACUUGGUUUGAGUGGUAAGGGCAUGGACAUGGAGGCUCUCAUGUCUGCAAAGCAUUUCAAUAAAUCCGCUCUCCCUCAUUACAGCAGAACUGUCCUCUUCACGAGAAAUCUAAGACUGAUGAUUAAUAAGGCAAUGAGCAAGUACCCCAUCAGUGGUAUAAUGUCCCCCACAAUCCCCAGUAAUGAGAAAAUGGAAUUCUACCUGAAAAAUUUCAAAGAGAAGUUUUUGUCUCACUUUCCCUUCCUCCAUCCUUCCAAACUCAAUGAGUAUGAAAUAAUGGACAUGACAGCAAACGAAGACCCUCUGAAUGAAAGUGCCCGUGUUUGUAUGCCACUUCUUGUUGCUACAAUGGGGGCUUUGUUGGUGAAUGACAAAAAUGAUUCUGAACACUUGUACGAGGCUUCUAGAAGAGCAAUCCAUAUUUAUCUCGAAAGUAGAAAGAAUCUGGUGAACGGAAGCAAUGGAAGCUCGGGGCAACAAAAUUUGGUGAAUCCACUUUGGCUCAUCCAGUCCUUGACCUUGUCGGUCAUUUAUGGUUUAUUUUCAGACAACGAAAAUAACGUGUACAUCGUUAUAAGGCAGCUUAAUGCACUUAACUCUCUUGUCAAGACUUCAGUGAAAAGCAACAGAGAGUUCUAUUUCCUGGUGCAUGGCGCUGAAUCUGAUCAUUUGGCUCAAAACUCGAAUGGUUCUUUCACAAACCCCGAGAUAAAGUUUAAAAAUGCUAUUAAUGCACAAUCACAAGUGAGAAUUGUUUUGAUGAUCUACAAGCUCACAAACUUCAUUUUGAUGAUGUACAACGUUCCAUUGACUCUCAGUCUUAACGAUUUGGGUAAUAUAACCUGCCCGAACAUCAACGAAGAGUUUGUGUGGAGAUUCUAUGACUACAAUUCGUUUACGACAUACUUGAGCUCCAUCAAUAGUCCAAACGAUCUCGACUUCUACUUGCGGAAAGACGAGAAUAACACAAUCGUAUUCAAAGACCUUUUAAUGAAAUUGAUGAGCAGCGACUUCGGCCCAAUGAUUGUUACAAAAAUCUCAAACAUGAGCAAGUAUGGAUUUACGACAAUUGUUCAAGGAAUCUUCGAAAUAAAACAGUACGAAGAGAUGAAAAAUUUGGAUGUUGGAUCGAUUUUGGACAACUUAACCUUAUUUAUUGACUCGUCCAAAACCAAUGAAAACACGAGAUUCCCUCAAAAUGCCCAAAUUGACUUCGAGAAAUUAGACUGUGCAAUGCUCAUCAACUUUGUGAAGAUAUGCUCUAUUAUAGAUUUCAAACUCCUAAAGGAGCAAAGUUGGCUCAGAAAUUAUGAAGAGUUGACGCGCAACUAUUUCAAGUUUUUGCUCAACAUUGACAAUCUCAACGAUUUUGACCAUAUCAAGCUUAUUGACUGCUGCAUAAUUAUCACUAAGCUAGUUCUCUUUCGCACGGAUGAUGCAACAGUGGAGUUCAGCAACGGAAAACAGGAAAUUUUCCACUCCGAGCUUUCAUUUUUGGCAGGGGCUGACUACAUGGACCAAUUUAAAACUAUGAUCAAUGACUCUUUACAGCAUCAGUACAAUACAUGCGCCAAUUUCGAGAAGGCGGUCAGUUGGAAGGUGUUUGAUGAGGUUGAUAGUGCAAAAAACUCCAUCAAUUCUCAAAUGAUGUUCCAUGUAUUUACCAUUUUGUCGAUCUUUGCGGUACACAUUGCAAAGAGAAAUAAUCCUUCAACUGAUUUGGGUCGUCAUGCUAAUGCUAACUAUACCAAACAACUUAACCAGCGGUUCAUCAUCGUCUUGAGACUAAUGGCUAAGAUUGAAAGCUUCUUAAGAGCACAAUAUCAAUCACUCAGACAAGAAAAUGAUCUUACGAACUUAUACAUGUUUCUGUCAGGCAACGACGAAUUGCUUAGCAGCAACAUACUGGAUGAAGCUCAAAUGAAGGAAUUGCUCGAGAACAACAAUUUCUUCGCCUACAAGUUGGAGAAGUCGUUGUACAUCUUGAAGAUAGGAGAGCUAAUGAUGAAGUAUUUGUACGACACAAAUAUCAAGGUCUGCAUCUUCAAAAAAUUGAGUGGAAGUCUUUCUCAGAUUAGAAAGUUCUUGAUUGAUGGCGAAUCUAUGAUUUUACAGUAG